ACGUUAUCGGCGAUGGACAGCGGCAAGCUAUGUAAAUCCCAGUCGUCCCUGGCGUGUCCCGCCGCAUGCAUCCUGAGACGACGGGGCGACUGUGGAGAGCUAGCUUUGACGUCUGUCGUCCUGUUGGUCUCCAGUGACCCCCAUAGAAGCGCACGGGAGCCAGAGCUCGCUGCAUCGCCGGAUCUGGUCGCGGCCAUGGGCAAUCAGCACUCGAGCUCGCGGUCGACUCCGGCCUCUAGUCAACCGCAGAGCCCCGUUGGCUCGAACAACCAACAUGCGUCACAUGGGCACUCCCACCUAGGCAGCGCAGACAAGCCCAACAAGCACCACGUCCCGCACCCAGGCUUCCGCACUGGCAGGCGCGCGAGCAUCCAGCCGGUGACUCUAACACAGAUCGCUCCUCCGUCUGCGAGCACUGAGAGCGAGGUGCGCGUUGAGCGGGGUCGAGCGAGCACACACAACACCACCGCGCACGUCGCGAGCCAGCUACGCGCCGCGCAGGACCGCAGCAUCGUGCGCGAGGGCAGCCACGACAAGAUGGGCAACGAGCAGAGCAGCCAGAAGAGGGAGAGAGAGCGCGAGGAGAGGCAGGAGCGGCUGGAUAGGCUCAGUCGCCAGUCGACGCCGCAGCCCGCGCCCGCGCCCACGCCUACGAGCCCAGCACCACCACCACCGCCCGCCACAGCCACAGCCACAGCCACACCACCGCAGGCAAAGCAGCCGUCGCCGCCUGUCCCAACCGCUACGCCGCCGCCCGCCGAAGUGCAUGCGAUUCCCAUCGAUGCGCCCCACAGCAGCAGGACGGAGCAGGCCAUUGCUGGGUCGCUGGAGCCCGCCGAUGCCUCGCAGGACUACCUGGUGCCCUCGUCGCACUUCAGCCGCCCGCCGCGUCUGCCGCUGCCCAUCGAAGAGGAGAUCCACACGCCCGGCUCGCCCAUCAUAUCGCCCACCGACCUGCCCGUGGAAUCGCUUGACCAUGGCGACGUCGAGGGCGCCCUGCCGCGCCGCACAUCCAUGCUCAGCAGCACGACCGCCGACGACGACGAUCUCGGCGAAGAGUUCAAGGUGCCCACCCCAGGGCGACCCACGGUGCCAACCCUGAUCGAGUGGGACGGAGCUGGGGAGCGAGUCUACGUGACGGGAACAUUCGCAGGAUGGAACAAAAAGUACAAGCUGCACAGGAAUGGUCCCAGCAAGAAGGAGAAUGUUCUCUCUGCACAUGUCCCCAUCCACCCGGGUACCCACCACCUUAUGUUCAUCGUGGACAACGACAUGAUGAUUUCAGACAAGCUGCCGACAGCCGUCGACUAUACGAACAUCCUGGUCAACUACCUUGAAGUCUCGUACGACGACAUUGAGAAACAGCGAGCAGCAGAUGCAGCGGCCAAGCCCACAGACACACAAGCUUCCGCUGAAGAGCGGUCGGCAACACAACCCCCGCAAGAUACUCGUUCUCCGCAAGUUCCUGUCGUCAAGCCUGCCACCGCUGAGAUUCCCAACACCAAGCUCCCUGAGCUGGAAAAGAGAUACCACUCCAAGAUUCCGCAGUAUCUGCUCGAUCUUGAUGCACCAGAGGAGUCAUCUCGGUUUGCGCGAGCAAAUGCUGCUGCCAGCAACCUACCCACACCGCCCAGUCUGCCCAUGUUCUUGAGCAAGAGCAUUCUGAACGGAACCACGCCAAUGAAGGACGACAGCAGCGUGCUGAUCAUGCCAAACCACACAGUUCUGAACCACUUGGCGACAAGCAGUAUCAAGGACAACAUUCUGGCUACCAGCGCGACAACGCGGUACAAGCAGAAGUUCCUUACAACAAUCAUGUACAAACCAAAAGAGGAGCACGGCGAGGUGUACUGAUGUCUCGGCACAGGCCAAGGUAGGGAGUGGCAUUCUCACACGUGUCUUGUGCGGGUUUUGGUGUUUUAGCGUUACGGUACGAUAUGGAUGAGUUUCACGGAAUACCCAACUCUGGAUGGAUGGAUGGAUGGAUGGAUGGAUGGAUGGGAUCGGACGGCAUGUAGAGGAGUGAUACAAUCAAGUAUAUACAAUCGAAUAGGAUACAACAGGCA